AACUCAGAAUUUACACCACUCCGUCACAAUGAGGACUACCACCUUUCUCAUGACCCUCGUCCUCCUCACCCCAACCGUCUUUGCUCGAUGUCUCCUCAUCGGCCCGGGCAACGGUCAAAUUUGUUUCUUAACUGUAAGUACUCUGUUAACGUAUUACUUGGUCCGAGUUAACUGUUCACUCUAGGGUGUUGUCUAUGCGAUUAGUAACCUAAUAGUCUAUACGAAUCAACAGUACUGAACCAAAACUUAGUGCGAUAUUGGAAGC